CAACAGUAAUUGUAAGGUGAAUAUUUUUAGAAUAAUUUAGAGAUUUAAAAAAAUUACUUUAGCAAGAAGAUAGUGUGUUUCAUUUCUCGUAUAAACAUUUCAGUUGUGCUAGCUAUUAACAAAGCAAAGACACGUUAAAACCGAAACACAAAACCAAAGGGAAGGAAACAUAAUCAUGGUAGACACGACACAUUUUGUUGCCCUUUCAACACGAUAUCAAGAUAUCUUGAACAAAACAUCUCAAUUGGUGGAAAAAGGUAGAAAGAAUCAAAGUAUAAGGAAAAUGUUGAGGUCAACCUUGAAGGGUUUAACUACUGUGGUUCAAGACAUAAAGCAAUACAAUGAAAACAUGGACCACCCCAGCAAAGAAAUAAGCACACUAAUAGAAGAAAAUGUUGCAGAAGAUUGCACAUGCAAGAAUUCUUGGUUGAACAAUUGUUUCUCUUGGCUCAGGAGUGAUUCCUAUGUCGUUGAUGAUAACCAAUCUCUUACGGUAAAUGAUGUUAAAGAGACACUUUACAAGGCCAGAGAAAUUCUUGAACUUCUUAACAAGGAAAAUUUUGAACAGAAAUUUAAUGAAAAUGGACCACCAAUAUUCAAGGGUCCUUUUGGUGUUCCAGAAAAUCCAGAAUUCAUUGUUGGGAUUGAUAUACCAUUUAGCAAGUUGAAAAUGGAGCUAUUGAGAGAUGGAAGCUCAACCCUUGUGUUGACUGGUUUGGGAGGGUUGGGAAAAACCACUCUGGCUACCAAUCUUUGUUGGGAUGAACAAAUCAAGGGAAAAUUCAAGGAAAAUAUUAUAUUUGUCACCUUAUCGAAAACACCCAUGUUGAAGACUAUUGUAGAGAGACUAUUUGAACAUUGUGGAUAUCCAGGGCCUGAAUUUCAAAGAGAUGAAGAUGCUGUCCAUAGAUUGGAACUUUUGCUGAAAAAAUUUGAGGGAAGUCCACUAUUGUUGGUUCUAGAUGACGUUUGGCCGAACUCAGAAACCUUUGUUGAGAAACUUCAAUUCCAGAUGUCAGAUUUCAAAAUUCUGGUGACUUCAAGGGUUGCAUUUCCAAGACUUAGCACAACAUGUAUCUUAAAAUCUCUUGUUCAGGAAGAUGCAUCAAUACUUUUCUGCCACUAUGCUGAGAUGGAGAAAAACGGUUCAGAUACUAUCAACAAAGAUCUUGUGGAAAAGGUUGUAAGAAGUUGCAAAGGUUUACCGCUUACGAUUGAAGUGAUUGCUACAUCACUCAGAAAUCGACCUUAUGACUUGUGGACAAAGAUAGUGAAGGAACUGUCACAAGGUCAUUCUAUACUUGAUUCUAAUACUGAGUUACUUACUCGCCUCCAAAAGAUCUUUGAUGUUUUCGAAGAUAAUCUCAUAAUCAAGGAGUGCUUCAUGGACCUAGCCUUAUUUCCCGAAGACCAUAGAAUUCCUGUUGCUGCUCUAAUUAAUAUGUGGGCUGAAUUGUAUGAACUAGAUGACAAUGGAAUAGAAGCAAUGGAAAUCAUAAACAAAUUAGGCUCCAUGAAUCUGGCUAAUGUCAUAAUAGCAAGGAAAAAUGCAAGUGAUGCAGACAAUUACAACUACAAUAACCACUUCAUCAUCCUUCAUGAUCUUCUAAGAGAUCUUGGAAUUUACCAAUGCACUAAAGAACCAAUUGAGAAGAGAAAAAGGCUGAUUAUUGACAUGAAUGAAAACAAACAUGAACGGUGUUUAGGGGAGAAGCAUCAAAGCCUGAUGACUUGUAUAUUGUCAAAACUUCUGACAUUGUGUGUUAAACAAAAUCUGCAACAGCUCGCUGCCCGUAUAUUGUCAGUAUCAACUGAUGAAACUUGUGCGCCAGAUUGGUCCCAAAUGCAACCAGCUCAGGCCGAGGUUUUAAUUUUAAAUCUUCAUACCAAGCAGUAUAUGCUUCCCAAGUUGAUGGAGAAAAUGAGUAAACUAAAAGUUCUGAUAAUCACAAACUACGGUUUCCAUCCUUCUGAACUGAAUAACUUUGAGCUACUUGACUCUUUACACAACCUGAAACGAAUUAGACUGGAGCGAAUUUCUGUUCCUUCCUUCGGCACAUUGAAGAGUCUGAGAAAACUAUCACUUUACAUGUGUAAUACAAGACUGGCUUUCGAAAAGGGUAGCGUCCUAAUUUCAGAUGCAUUUCCAUAUCUAGAAGAAUUGAACAUUGAUUACUGCAAAGAUAUGGUGAGAUUUCCUACUGGUAUAUGUGAUAUCAUCUCAUUAGAGAAGCUUAGUGUUACUAAUUGCCACAAACUUUCUGAACUUCCCCAAGAUAUCGGAGAAUUGAAAUAUUUAGAACUUCUAAGGCUCAGCUCCUGUACUGAUUUGAAAGCGAUACCGAGUUCCAUUGGAAAGCUUUUCAAUUUAAGACAUCUUGACAUCUCAAACUGCAUAAGCCUUUCAAGUUUACCUGAGGAAUUUGGUAAUCUUUGCAAUCUAAGAAAUCUGUACAUGGCAAGUUGUGCAAGUAUUGAAUUGCCAUUCUCAGUUGUCAAUCUUCAGAACUUGAAGACGAUAACUUGCGAUGAAGAGACAGCUGCCUCAUGGGAAGAUUUUCAGCCUAUGCUUCCCAAUAUGAAGAUAGAGGUUCCUCAUGUUGAUGUUAACUUAAAUUGGCUUCAGUAAAUGAUCUCCCAAGACCUCUUAUUUGUUGUAUAUACUUGGCUUCUUUGUUUCUUAAAAUAGGUAUGAUACAAAAUGUGAUCUUCUAAAUUUCAAAUUACAUUAGAAUUUUAUGUAUUCAAUAAAUGCACUGCACUCUUUUUUCCUACACCAGGUUUUAUCACACUUCUGGUAAGGUUUUUAACGAGGCAGUUGUCUACAAUGUUUGUUCCCUUUGGGUUUGACCUAGUCCUCCCAAUAUUGUUUUUCUUUCUUUAGUUUCUAAUAAUAUGUUCCUUUGAUGUGUUGCAUAUGAUUGUGAGAAAGCUGGAAAUCAGCUCAUGUUUCCAUAGUUA